UUGUGCUAACCUACGACGACUCAAACAACUUUAGCGUUAGCAACAAAACCGGUGUUUGUAGUCUUAAGUUGACUUAAAUUUGAUCAUAAAUGGGGAGAUAUAAGUGUGCAUACAACUGCGACAACUCGAGCGACUCAGACGUUAAGUUUUUUAAGUUUCCCCUGUACAAUCCCCGAAAACUUAAAAAAUGGCUUCUUAACAUGAAGUGGAAGGAUUGGACGCCAACUCGCUUCUCUGUUCUGUGCAGCAAUCACUUUGAGGUGCAGUACAUUGACAGAACAGGCAAAAGUGUGACACUUCGGGAAGAUGCAGUUCCCACCAUAUUUACACCGACCGCCAACACACAGAAAAAGAAGGCUUCCAUCAACCCAAGACGUAAAAGACACAAGCAACCUGGUGCUAAAGUCUCAGAGAAAGAUUCAGCUUCAUCUGCAACAUCAGCUCUCCCUGCAACAGAGGACAGCGUCCAGAGCAAAGAACCCAGCCAGACAGAACAGCAGCCCUUUGGAGAUCCCAAAAAGUCAGGUAAGUGGAGGAUUAUAAUUGAUGAAGCACUGAUGAAGAUUGAUUCAUUUCCACACUUCUUUCAUGGAGAUUACUGCGUUCCACAGAGUAUUCACUGGGCUCCAGAUAACAAUAUCAGUACUGAGCACAAAGACAGUGAGAACAUUAUAGAGGUCAAGGAGCCAUGGCAGUGGCUUGCUCUUGAUGUCCGAGGACCGUUGCCCCAAACAGUAAACGGACACAAAUACAUUUUGACCGUGACGGACUACUACUCCAAAUGGGUGGAAGCUGUGCCGAUGACGGCGUGCCUUCCUUCAGAUGUGGCGGAGAACAUCGUGGACAUCAUUUCCCACUUCGGAUAUCCACUGAGAAUCCUCUCCAGACUGCCUCUUGACAUAGUCCACAAAAUCAACCGAGAACUGAAAGAUCAGCUGAAGGUUGCUGUUGCUCUUGUGGUCUAUCAUCAGCAGACGGGGACUGUAGAUAUGGUCACACCGCAGCUGAUUGACAGGAUGGUGAGCGAGCUAAUUGAGGAGCAUGCAGCUGACUGGGAUGUUUACCUGCCUGCCAAAGUUUUCAGUCUGUGCUUCAAAGAGCAUUCAAAGACCAAGGAGAGGCCUUUCUCAGUGCUCUGCUGUAAGGGAGUAGAGCCUGUAAAAUUCCCCAGAGAACUGGAUUAUCCAUUUUCCAAGAUCCGAGAGAGCACUUUUGUGGUUAGAUAGAAGUUCAUUUGGUGAAUUUAGGUUACUGGAAACUGAACUGGACUCAGUUUUAGCAGCAAAGCAGGGAAAAAGAAUGUUUUCAGCCUUGGAGGUAUUCCUUUUUGUGGAAAUCCUGAUGGUUUGACCAGGAUGACUGAGCUGCGUGAACAGGAUUCACUGACGAAACUGUAAAUUUCUGCAGCAUUUUUCACUGUGCCAGUGACACACACUGAAAUUCUUCAGUUUUUUUCAUUCCCAAGUAUUUUUGAGUGUAGUAUUUUGAUUCAAUUUUUGAUGUAGUACUACAACAAUCUAAGUGUCUUGCUUAAAAUAUAUAGACGAAUGUCUGCAGUGUGAAGACUGGAACAAGCUGAAUACAGGUGAGGAAGGCAAGCUAGUUUUCUGAGCCAUGAGAGACUGAUCGAUACAGCAUUAUUAUCAUCAUCAUUAUUAUUAGUUACUCCGAACAGUUCAGCCACCUGCACUGGUAAGAUUAAGGCUGCUGUCUGAUUGUUUGUUGAUGUUUUAUGUUUAUAAAAGGUAAAAGAUGCUAAUAAACUUUAUUUAAAUAAAAAUUCCUUCAACCAGUA